AGGGGAUUUAAAUAAGCAAAUUUGUACAAAUCUAUUGAACGUAGCUAAGGUUUUAAAAUUCAUUGUUUUGCCAUUGGGUUUAAAAAGAACUAUUGGCGCAGCUACCGGGGAUUGUGAUCGAAUUUUAAUUCCAUCUUUCACAUGUAUAACAGUCCUUGGGAACUUCGAUUAAUCUUAGAGUUAACACUAUAACCAGAAGAACAACCUAUUUUUAUGCAAUAUAUGAACAAUGGAAUCGAAUUAGGAUUAGUUCAGCCAUGAAUGGAUUAGCUAUAGAAGACGGUCCAGUAAACCCCUUCAGACUACGUCAUUUAGAUGACGUAAUCGACCAGGACGAGACCGAUGAGGUCCGACGAGAGAUGGAAGUACCUCUUCGGUAUAAAGACCUGAUGGAUACAGAACGAUCUCAUACUAAACAGAUAUUGUUUGGUGGGAUUCCAGCAGAAGAUAUCCCACACAUUAGGUCUAAGGAGAUCAAAAUAUACAUCUGCUCUGCGGGAACAGAUUCGGAGGUUGAAAGAGAUGCUUUCGUUGAGGAUGUGUACCCUGCUCUGAGAAACUACUGUAAAGAAACACAUGGGCUAGAUUUCCAUGCAAUUGAUAUGAGGUGGGGUAUGGACUAUUCAGAAAAUGGAUGGCCUUCUACAGAAACAUGUCUAAAGGAGCUCCGACACUGUCAAACACAUUCUUUGGGCCCAUGUAUUGUGGCAAUAUUAGGACAGAAAUAUAAACGAUUUACACCACCAGAAACAAUAGAGGAAGAAGAAUUUGAGCUGCUGAAGGAGUCGUUGAUGGAAGAGGAAAACAUCGCGUUAUUAGACGUGAUCUAUGAAAAGGAUACAAACACAAAUCCAGCAGUGUAUCGACUUCAACGUCCUAGUACCGACAAAGAUCCAUCGUUAAAAAUGUGGAAAGAUACACAGAAAACUGUUCAGGAAAUAUUGGAAGACGCUGCGAGAACGUGUUUGGAAAGUAACAAAAUUAGCAAGGAAAAGUUUCUGAAAUAUACAUCUAGUGAAAUUCACCAGGAAAUCCAGCAAGGCAUUCUGAAUCAAUCAGACAGAGACGAUAAAUGCUUGUUUUUUAGUAGGCUUGUGUCAAAUAUGGAUGAUUUGUUGACGUCUUCAAAAAGACAGAAAUUCUUAGAUAUUCUUCCUUGCAAUAACGAACAGGAUAUAAACGCCGAAAUUGCUGCCAAUUCACUUAGAAAAGAAGUUCUGGGAAAUCUAGAUACAAAUAACUGCAGUGAAAAUUUUGUUGAAUUUAGUACGAAUGGGAUACACUACAAAAACGUAGAUGAAUAUACACAAAAUGUAUGUCGAUAUUUGCACAGUUCAGUCAAAAAAUUAAUAGAUUAUGCCGUUAAAAAUCAAAAUACCCUCCACAGUGACAAUUUAUACCGAGAAGUUGUUCAACAUUGGCAUGCGUCCUUAAAUUCCUCACAGCCUUUCGUAGGCAGAGACAAUAUUCUUAGCAAGGUUAAAGAAUAUCUUCUUUCUGAAACUGAUCAGCCAUUAGUAAUAACAGGUGAGUCAGGCUCAGGAAAAUCAGCGAUUAUUGCAAAGAUUGCAUCAGAUGUAAAUAUAGCAAUAAAGAAUGACGAUCUUGCAAUGAGAACAGCUUUGGUGUUCCGGUUCGUAGGUCAAACACAAAAUGCCGUUACUGCACAGGAGCUGCUUUAUUCAUUGUGUAACCAACUUGCCUUUGUAAUGGGCAAGUAUCGUCAUGAUGUGCCAAAAGACUUCAAAGCAUUAAAACUUUAUUUUAUUGAAAUGGUUCAAAGAGGAGAAUUUGGUGGGAUGCUUAUAAUUCUAAUCGAUUCUCUUGACUUGUUGUCAACGUUUGAAAAUGGACACAAGUUAGAAUGGCUUCCAUCAAGAGUUGCAGUUAAUGUAAAAAUUGUAGUUUCGGUAAAUUCUGAAUGUAAGGAAUGCUUGACAAGACUCGUACACAAAUGCCCAGACAACAUCGUAGAUAUUACACCAUUAUCAAAUACGGAUUGUGAAAAUGUCAUGAAAGUGAUGAUGAACAAAGAACGGCGAAGUGUCUCUUAUGACCAGUGGAAGCUAGUUCAAAAUGCAUUCCAAAACUGUACACUACCAUUAUUUGUUAAAAUAGUUUUCGAUGAAGUUUCCUUAUGGCAUUCGUAUGAUGAUACGGAAACUCAAAUUCUUGGAAACAGCGUUGACGACGUUAUUGAUAAUAUUUUUUACAGAGCAGAAAGAAAAUUCGGAAAACAUAUUUUGUCCGGAGUCCUCGGAUAUUUAACUGCCUCAAGAGACGGUUUAUCAGAAUCCGAACUGGUUGAUAUUCUAUCGACCGAUGAAGACAAUUUGAAUCACGUGUUCUGUAGUUGGCAUCCGAAAGUAAGGCGUUAUCCGGCUUAUCUGGUAAGUGUUAUACGACAGUAUUUUGAACCUUACCUACUAGAAAAAGAAAGCGACAGUAUUCGUGUUCUAUGUUGGAAAUAUCCUUGCUUCAAGAAAGUAGCACAUGGUCGUUACGUUACAAAUGAAGAAGAGAAGCUGCAUUCCACCAUCGCAGAUUAUUUCCUAGGCAAAUGGGGAGGAUCUUCUAGGAAACCUUGUACAUAUCCAUCAAAACUGAUGGCAAAAAAGAAGAUGAUCAAUUCAGAGGAUAAAGCUUGUCGGCUCCUUCCUACUCAGCACAAUUUUUACGGCGAGUCAGAGGUGCGAGGACUAUAUAAUAAACGAAAAAUGACAGAACUACCAUUUAGCUUAAUGUGUAGUGGGCGACAUGGGGAUUUACGGUCAGAAACAUUUUGCAACUUUCAUUAUAUUUAUUAUCGCCUGAAAGCAUCAUCAUUAGAACACUUACUUGCCGACUUCGAUAUGUUUCAUGACAGAGAGACGACGUUAGUGGCUGAUGCUUUACGCAUGUCAGGAGCUGCCUUACAAGCAGAUGUUGACUCGUUGGGGGUCGAGUUAACCGGUCGUUUGCUUCCACAUGCUAGACGUUUCAAUUACAUAAGAGAACUUAUACACCAGUGCGAUUUAGCAGCACAAGCUCAUUGUCCACUUGUUCCGAACUGCCAAAUAUACAGUGCUCCUGGUGGACCUUUACAGUACGAAUGUGAUGUAGGUGGAAACGUAUUCUGCCCUAUUGAUAUUGAUGUAUUCAAUAGCCCAGAUGGUAUUUUAUUAACAGCAAAGCCUCAUUUUAGUUCACGAGUCAGGGUUUGGGAAUUAUCAAGAGGCGAUUCGAGGCCGGAUAUGAUGAUGCCUCUUGGAGAAAUACAUCCAACUCGUGACGGACGAUUUCUCAACAUAAUUCAGAAUGACCAAAUGAUAAAAAUAUAUCGAUCAGAUUGUGGUGAACUGCAUGGUGAAAUCGUAUAUGGGCAUGGACGUGUUUCAGAUAUAGAAGUUUCAAAUAAAUAUAUCACAUUUUGUGUAGAAAAAGGCACCGGGCCAUACAUAAUAGACGUAGACGCAAAGUCAGUUCUGCAUCGUUUCAGCUUUCAUGCACAUGCCGUUGCGGUAAGUCCAGACGAGACCUACGUAGCAUUUAAUUCUGAGAAGAAUAUUCUGCUUUAUCAAAUGCCAUUGAUGGAGCGCAAAUGUAUGGCGCAAGCAUCGGAUGUUCCGCAAGAUAUCAUAUUCAGUAACAACAAACCAAAAUGUUUCAUUUUUACCAAGUCUAAAAUCGUCGAAUCAAUUGAGUUUGACGUUGUCAGUCGCAAAUUCACAUGUAAGUUCAUAUUCAGCGACCUUGAACUACGACAGUGUGUCAUUUCAAAUACACAAAAAUAUCUGCUUUGUCGAAGUGCAAAAUGUCUUCAUUUGGUGUAUACGCAUGACAAUAAACUAUUACGGAAGUUCGAUAAACUACCGGAGGACGUUAUAGUAGAACAAUCAUCUAAUUUCACAGGAGCAGAGUUUACACCGGAAGAUAGGUAUAUUGUGGCAUCAAGAUAUACGUUUCUGGCCGUUUGGGAUACUGUUACGGGUGAUCCUUUGAGAGUACUUCAGUCUUCUGUAUCACCAAUUCUAAGAGUAUACACUUCCAAUGCUGUAAACAAAGUAGUGACUUUACUGGCCGAUAAUUCAUUUCAAGUUUGGAAUCUAGAAAAUAUAGAUUCAAAUAUACUGCAUUCAAAUAACAUCUUUCCAGGAAACGUUUUCGGAGCACAACUGUCCACCGUCAGUCAGAAGAUAGUGGCAUUUGAGGGAAGAGUUCCAGAGGCAAAGGUACUGAGUUUACGAAAUGGUCAAGUAACGGACAUCCUUCAGCAUAGUCAUAAUACGGACGACAAGGUCAGACAAGUCAUCUUGUCACCAAAUGGGCGAUUUGCAGUAACUCGUGGCCAGAGAGCAGAAGAUAUGACUGAAGGUUCUACAGUUUGGCGGGUACUUCGUGAUGAUGUAGUUUGGGAUUUAGAAGCUAGUAAAAGAACCCAUUACUCUGGUAACAAUCGGUUUGUGAAUUUCACUAAAGACAGUGAAUAUGCAGUCUUUAUCUCACUAGUAAAUUAUUCACGUUAUGACUGGAGUGACAAUACAUAUGCUCUCUCUGUUGUUCAGGCAGAAAAUGGCAUUACUAGGACUGUACCUUUCCCGCCAUGUACAGAAUUCGUUUCACCUCCGUGUAUCGUUCUAUGUGGGAGCACAAAUUAUUUUACAGCAAUCGUCCAAAUCUGUAAUAAAACUCAUGACCCAAAAUCAAAGAAAGAACGAUCAAGACAUUAUGAGGUACAGCUGUUGUUGGAGGAUAUAUCUGGAACGGAAGAGGAAACCACUUUUCUGAAGAUUCAAAAUGUUUUGGAAGAAGCAGAAGAAGAUUGCCAAUUCUUAGAUGUCAAAACGAACUUGAAAAACCAAUUGGUUCUUAUGUAUGCAAAAGGGGUUGACCAAUAUGUUUUUGAAAUGGAGAAGGGCCUUGUUCGUCCAUCAUACAUUCAAAAGGGCCUAAUGGUAUACGAUUUCAAGAACAAAGGAAUCCUUAAACACAUUCCGGAGUUUCUUUUGCCAUCGUCCGACAUCAACACCUUAACUUUAUCUCGCAAUUCAAUGAUCAUAAUGGACCAAAACCGAUAUGUUUUCAAUAUAGUUAACCCGAAGUCUGUUAUACCCAUCGAUAAGCAAUUUGGCAUUGGUACUCCAAAAUUCGUUUUAGAUGGGCGUUUCAUUGUUGGUCUUACUCCAAAUUUUAGGGAAGUAAUUGUAGUGCGAACAUGCGACGGAAUUGUCAAAGGUCAUAUGUUUGUACAUGGCUGUGCCACUUGUGUAUCGGUAGGAGCAGACGACCGAACAGUUGUCGUUGGUUGUGAGGAUGGCCGUGUAAUGAUUCUCACUAUAAUUCUAGAACUUUGUGAUCCAGUCAGGGAAAUAAUACAAUCGUUUCCAAGCAGGCAGAUUAAACCAGAAAAAGAACCAGAUUCAAUGAGAUUAAUCAAGAAAGACAUAAGACACAUGAUGUGCCGAACACCAGAUCACGCGAGACUUUCUGCGAGAUUACAGACUAGUGCUAUCGAAGAAAACCGCAGACCGCCAUCUCACCGAAUAAUAUCAACCGGUGUCACAAUGACACAGAAUAUCAAACGUUCGCGUUCGGAAGUGUGUUCUGUGCAAUGACACUCUGUAUCUAAAUAUGACAUAAUGUCGUAGGUACUUGCAGACUAGAUUCCACUCAACCUUUUUUUUUAGUAGAGAGUGCAAUCAGUAAAUAUCAAAUUAAUUAAGUUGCAAUAAGUUAAAAUUGUCUAAAAUGUCUAUACAUAUCAUUAUUUCGUUAAUCAUAGUAAAUUGUUAAAAUAAUUUUUCCACUUAGGAUAUGGGAUUUCUCAGUAAAAUUUGAUAAGUUUUUGCGGAGUAAAACUUCGCAACAUCUGGGACCAAACCUAUUCGUAGGGUUUUAUUUUCGCGUAAUUCUAUUUCCUUUAAGAUCAAAUAUAAUAGAGGGGAUAUUUUCGCAAUUUUAUUUUACUCGCGAAAAAAUAAAUCUGUCCCGAAAAUUUCCCUGUUCAAAGUAUAUGAGUUAGAAAAUUUACUCUUUACUGCCUAUGCAAAAGAAGGUCUGCUUUAUGCAUAAUUAUAAUUUUAUGCAUACAUAAUCAAAGAGUUCAAUAUUAUUUUUUCGGGUAUAUUUGUGUUUUGUUUUGUUUUAAUUUAUUAUCCUGGAGAGCUUGUGUUUACUAUAUCUCGAAUAAUUCUGUGUUCUGAUGCGCCAAACUAUUGAUAAUAUUUCAUCAUUGUGAUAACAUAUGCAAGUGUAAAAAUGUUAAUUUAUUGUAGUCUCGUAUUUGUAAAGACUUUCAAAUGUUAUUUUUAUUUCAAUAUUAAUUUGUAUUUUAAAGAUAUAAUAUAUAUUUAGUUCUA